UCUUUUUUUUUUUUCACCGUUAUUUCAAUCCAGUUUCCCUCUUCUUCUAUGUCAAGCAUUUUCUGUUCUCUAUAUCUUUAAAACUGCGUCUACUUCGAGUUUAUCGAAAUUGUGGGGAGUAGUGGGGGGACUUCCAAUUUUUGUUUCUUCUUGGAUCAACAGAGAUGGCCGUGGAAUUGAUGAUGAGAUACGGUGGUGCUGGCAAUAGUUUUACAGGGAAAGUGGAGGAAUCUGCUUUGAAAGAGGCUGCGACUGCUGGGAUCCAAGGUGUUGGAGAAUUGAUCAGAUUGAUGUCUAAAACUCAACAGCUUUACAAUCAAGAUAUUUCUUCUAAAACUUCUCCUCCUUCAGGUUCAGAGCCAGAUAUGGAACUCCAAGCUGUUACAGAUAAGACUGUUAAUUCCUUCAAGAAGGUUAUAUCCUUACUGGAUCGACCCAGGACCGGUCAUGCUCGAUUUAGACGUGCUCCUCUUAGUCCUCUCGAACAAGAGGGGAAAAAUCAACAAGAAGAUGCACGACAACCUCGGCAGAAGAUUCAAGAGUUGGGGAAUUCUUCCCUUCAAGUAGCCAAAGAUCAGGUGUCUGCUUUUAAACCUUUCUGUUCAACCCCAAGUCGUAGAUUGCCUCAUUUUCCUUACAAUCACCACCAGAGUAAAAGCAGUGCUGUUUUGGUGCCAAAGACUGGUCUUUUGGAGAUAAAAGAAGCGCCCAGUACCAUCACUUUCUCAUCUCCGCCUCCUUUGUCUGCUGGGAAUUCUUUUAUGUCUUCAUUGACAGGGGAUACGGAUAGCAUGUAUCCAUCCUUAUCUUCUGGCUUCCAAUUCGCUAGUCCUUCCCAUGUCCAUUCUUCUGGUAAACCGCCUUUAUCUUCAUCUUUGAAAAGGAAGUGCAAUUCCAUGGACGAUGCCGCUCUCAAGUGUGGGUCAUCCUCUGGCCGUUGCCACUGCUCCAAGAAAAGAAAAUCAAGAGUGAAGAGAGUGAUCAGAGUUCCGGCUAUUAGCAACAAGAUGGCCGAUAUUCCCCCCGAUGAUUAUUCCUGGAGAAAGUAUGGCCAGAAACCAAUCAAGGGUUCUCCUCAUCCGAGGGGAUAUUACAAGUGUAGCAGUGUAAGAGGCUGCCCUGCAAGGAAACAUGUAGAGCGAGCUCUAGAUGACCCAAUGAUGCUAAUUGUAACCUAUGAAGGAGAUCACAAUCAUAGGCAGAACAUCUCUGACUCCCCAGCAGCUUUGGUCCUGGAGUCAUCUUAGUCCUUCUACUAAAUUAAACCAAACCCUGCCAGGGAAAUCUUAAAAAGUCAGGCUAGCUGUAGGGUUGUUCAUAGUCAGCUGUUAAGAAGAAAAAAAAGGCUAAAAGAGUAGGGGAUUGUGGAUUUGGUGGGUUCUUUUCAUCUAUUUACUUAUUAAAGUUUUUAUACUGGAUUACCAACAUUUUUGUUCAUUUCAUGGAUACCAUACGGUGGAUGUUGCUGAGGAUGCUAUCACUUUAAUUUGCUCCAA